AUGUUGUUCAGGAAAGUGAGGUGCCUCCUAGUACUUUUGUUUGUCAUAUUAACACAUUUGCUCAUUUUAGCUUACAUAAAUGAUUAUACAGAAGUUCCAUUAAAGAUUUCAGUAUCUGCCAAUAACUUUUGGAGUUUUUUAAAUGAAAAUUUUAAUGAAAAAUUCAUUACUCCCUUCCAUAAUCAAAAGUUAGAAGAUGAAGAUAUGGAAAGGAUGUACCUUUUAUCCACAGAAAUGAAUGCAAAUGUUAAUCAGAUUUUGGUACCUGAAAUUUAUUUAUCGGACAAUCCUCCACCUUUGAUUACCUAUGAUCCAAGAUUGACAUCAAGUUUACUUUUAAGAUUCUUAGGUGACCGAUUAACUUUUGAUAAAGAUUUAAAAAAUUUACAGAUACCUUAUUUCGAUUGGAGUGAUUAUGUUGAUUUAUCCCUCUUGAAUGAGUUGUUGAUCAAUCCCGACAAAGCUAAGUGUUCAGACUUUGAUAUAUCAACCGGCAGUGUUGAUAGAGAUAACAGAAAUGAGAUUAUUGAUCCUCGUUACUUCUGUAUAGAUGAUUUUGAGAUCGAUGAUCUCUUGCAACAAGAGGAAAUUGAUGAAACGAAGAAAUUCAAAAUCAGGCAACUUAAAGAUAAACUCAGUCCUGGGUUUCACGUAUUCGGAUAUGGUGGUAGGUCAAAGAAAGAUAUGAAAAUCAUGCAUUCCAAAUCAUAUCUUUAUGACUUCAUGCCUACUCCCUUAUCUAUGGUACUUCUUCUUCCUGUUGAAAUGGAUGAAAACGGUGACCAGAAAUCUUUGAGUAAUGCUUUACAAAUCAAUAUCAAUCAAGAAGCUUCAGGAUCUAAGAAGUUGAUUUCAUCAUCGUUAUUCAAAGAUUUCCCAAGACAAGAAAAAGACACAAAUUUAGAUGCUAAAGCCCAAUUGGAUUAUUUCAUGGAACAAUUGAAAUCCACCGACCAUAAAGCUAACCAAGAAAUCAAUUAUACAAGACAUUUAAGUCAUGACUUAUUUGUAGAUAACUCCUCGGAGAUUUUAGCUUCUUUAUUACCUUACAAAGAUUCUUUGAACUUACAGGAAAGGAGUUACUUGAAUACUCUUGAUAUGUCAUUGAACACUGCUUAUGCCCAUAAGUAUUUCUUUGAAGCCAAGAUUUCUAAACAAGAAUAUAAAAAUGAGUUAGGUGGUCAUUAUGAUUGGAGAUUCUUCAACGGUAUAGUCAAUUUCUCCCCAGAUCAACCUCCUUUAUUGUUUUCCCUUAUCAAAGCAUGGUUACAUUUUGUCAAUCAGUAUAAACUCAAUACCUGGAUAGCCCAUGGAACGUUAUUAUCGUGGUAUUGGAAUGGAUUAGCAUUCCCUUGGGACAUUGAUUUUGAUGUUCAAAUGCCAAUACAAGAUUUACAUUCGAUGUGUAAGACCUUCAACCAGUCAUUAGUUAUGGAUCUUGGGAACGAUUUUGGAACUCAGGAAUUAAGGUAUUCCAAGUAUUUCUUGGAUUGUGGUAGUUACAUAAGUCAAAGAAAAAGAGGAAAUGGUAAUAAUAAUAUCGAUGCUAGAUUCAUUGAUGUUAACUCCGGAAUUUAUAUAGAUAUCACCGGACUUGCUCUCACUGAUACUGUGAGUCCUACAAGAUACGAUAAGAUGUUACCUUUUGAGUUACGUAAAAAUACAAAAGAUGAAACCAUUAGUGACCUUCAAAGAAAUGAACAUUUGAAGAUUUAUAAUUGUAGAAACAAUCAUUUCCAAUCAUUGGACGAUAUAAGUCCUUUAAGAUUAUCUAUAUACGAAGGGCAAUUAUCAUAUAUCCCGAAUAAUUACAAGUCAAUGUUGACUAAUGAGUAUCAAGCUAAAGCUAUGCAUUUCAAAAAAUUCAACGUCUUCACAUUCAUUGAACAAUACAACCUUUGGGUAGUUACAAAAGAAAUGAUCCUGUUUGUGAAAAACAAGUAUCCUGAGUCCUCUGUGACUUUGAGGAAAUAUCGUUCCAAUAACGUUUUGGGCCAACAGAAUCCUGAUGCUUUGAUAACUAAAGAGUUCAAGAGUGACGACGAUUAUGUCCAAUAUCUUUUGGAACAUAAAGAUUUAUUGUUUGAAUUCAUGAUAACUGAAAAGAUCACCAAAUUCCACAAUGAAGAGAUGAAGUUAUUGAAUGAAGGGAAACUGACUGAACACUUAUUAUUCAAAGAUAACAAGUUGAACGUUUCAUUUAAACCUUUCCGUCAUGAUUUCUUUACUUUGAGAUCUCACACCGAAGGUAAAAAUUUCGUUAGAGAUAACGAACAGUUAUUGAGGGAUAUAGAGGAGUGGAAAAAGGGGGGAUCUAAGGAACCAGUUGAGCAACAAGAAGUCACAGAAGAAAUCAAAGAAGAAGUGAAGGAAGAACAAGCACAACCACAAAAGGAAGAGCCAACGGAAGUGGUAAAAGAUUCACAAUUAGCAUCCAAUGGAAACCAAAAUCAAUUACCUAAACUUCCACCACUCCCACUUCAACAGGAAGACCAACCUGACGUUCCUGAUAAACCCGUCCCACCACAACCUCUUCAACCCCUCAAACCCAAAAUUCAACCACUUUGA